UGUAAUGAACGAAAAAAUGGUUUGCUAAAAAGUCGCAAACAAUUAUUGUAAACUUUAGAUCACAGAGUAAAAGUGCUGAAAACGUUUCCUGACUCUUGUAAGAAAUCAAAAAUAUGAUUGUGCCGUAAAAACGUAAUAAUGAAAACAAUCGUUUUUCGUGUUUUUCAAAUAGCUUUCUAAUGGUAAACUGGUUGAAGGGCAGUACGAGUUGAGUUCUGUCAAUUCACUACAGUGGUCGAGUGAGUACCGUGUUCUUUAGUAGGUAUUCACCGAAAUUAGUGUAGAUUAGACAAUCGAGAAAUUCUAAAUCGUGGGCGUUACGCGGAAAGUUAACCGUCGAAGAAAGUAGUCGGCGAAGGUGUAAAUAAUGUUUCCAAAGAAUAUAUUCAAAACUUGUAAGCGUAACAGGUGGUCGUGAGCUACGAAAAGGACCGCUAGUUCAGUGCAUUCCGUUGCCGUUAACGAAAAAUGCUGUGCUGAGGAGAAAAAUAAAUAAUAAGCAAAUUAUUAAAUGUCAACUCUUACUGGUCUGCCGCAUUUACGUGCCACCUUUGACAUGUCAGUACGGGGCGCGCGAUCUGUUGGCAUCGCAUGCGUUGACGUACCGCCGCCGCCGUUGCAACCCACGCUGAUGUCGUUUAUCGCCCGCGGCUCUGUUAUCAACCGCAACGAAGUCUAGGAGCACGAGAGCGUCUCAACCGAAACGAAAACGACGAUCGACAACGAACGACGAACACGAUGUGAAAAACUGACCGCGACCGAGGCCGAUGACGGGAAAGAUUACUAUUGGGUUUUACGACCGCGCCAUAUCCGUGGAUAGUUUUGACGUUCGGUCAGGUCGCGCAAAACCGCGCACUCUUCGCUCGAACGGCCUCGUAAUUGAAUAAUCGUCGUCGUCGGCCUAACGGAACGCUCAAGCCCAGGCCAGUUUCAGUCUCCAUGGACGCGCGACACACGCAACCGAUAUCGGUGGACUCCAGCAGUCGUCCAGGAACGUCGCGGCUGCAGCAACUAUGAACAUGGGUUUCUUGGCGAUUCCCUGCACCAAAGCGGCCGCCACCAUCAUGCGCCGCAAUUUUUGUUGCUGGAAGCGCUUCAGGGUGAUACUUGUAUCUAUUGUCGUUCUGUUUGUGCUGAUCAACAUCAUAGUUACUCUAUUGCCGGCUGGCCGUCAUGGUCCGCACGUCGGUGGCAGUGGUGUCGUAGCUGGUGAUCUCGGCUACAAUGGCUCCAACAAAUGGCCUCUGUACGCUGAUGCUGCCAGGUACAUAUCCAUUGAAGUGCUGUCCAGCAAGGAUCGAGUGAGGAUAUGUGUAGAUGAUGCAACGGUAAUAGAUGACAGUGGACCUUCAAACAAUAGAGGUAUGCAUGUUGUUGUUCUGAAUCAAUAUACUGGUAUGGUUAUGGCACAGCGAGUAUUUGACACAUACAUGGAUGAUGAACCACUAAUUGGAUUUUUACAGCGUGUAUCUAAUGGCCGUAUUAUGAUAUUCGCCAUUAAAGAUGAAGCGUCUUUCCAUUUAACUAAUGAAGGUAAACGUGCUAUGCAAAUGCAUGUUGGUGGUGGUGGUGGUGGUGCUGCUGCUGCUGCUAGCAGAAGUGGGUCUGGAUCUACUGCAGGAGGUUCUUUGUGGCUUUCUGAGCUUGGUUGGCGUGAUAUGUGGGCUAUGGUUGCCAAGCAUCAUAAUAACGACCCAGAAGAAAAUAAAGAAAUAGAUGUAAUCAAUGGCCGAGUGUAUGGUGAAAGUUAUAGUAGAAACCCGAGAGUAGUGAUGCAACAUAAUAGUAAAAGUGCAGCUUCAUCAGAUUCAUGGGGCACUGAUGUCUUACUACGAGUACAAGUUCCACUUGAUGUAAAUCAUAGUCAAAAUAAUCAAAAUGAUGAUUGGUGCGAUUCAUGGGUAGCAGCUGUUGGUUCCGAAGAUAACAAUGAUGACAGUGGCGAUGAUAAUGGUUCUAUCAUUGAUGAAGAAAUAGUUAUUGAUUCACAACUAGCACGACGACGACGUUUCUGUAGCCGCAUUGAAGGGUAUGGAGAUGUAUGCAGUUGUAUACAUCCAGCUCCACUGGAUUUCCAUCCAUCUUCAAUACCUGAUUCAAAUAUUGACCGAGUGCCAGUUGUCAUAAUAGCUGGAAACCGAGCAGACUACCUUUACAGAACAUUAAAAUCGGUGCUAAAUGCUCGAGGCGUCCAACAACAUAUGGUUAUUGUCCACGUAGACGGUUAUUACGAUGAACCAGUGGAAGUCGCUCGGCUAUUGGGUGUGCGAGCUGUACAACACAUGCCUGCUGUAGACGAUUCAGUUAAUGGUGGUGGAAUAAAUAGUAAUACUUUACGCCGCCGGCGAGUUACACAGCAUUAUAAAUCAGCGUUAACCAGCACGUUUAGUGCUUUGUUCCCUCAAGCUGACUUUGCCAUUGUAUUAGAAGAUGACCUCGAGGUAUCUGUAGACUUUUUCAGUUUUUUUAGUCAAACCCUUCCAUUACUGGCAGUAGAUGAUAAUUCUAUAGAUUCUAACAAUGAUGGAUCUGGUUCACUGUACUGUGUUUCUGCUUGGAAUGAUCAGGGAUAUGAACAUACAGCUAGUAGACCAGACGUUCUGUACCGUGUUGAUUGGAUGCCAGGAUUAGGAUGGAUGCUGAAACGAUCCUUAUAUAAAGAUCAACUAGAAUCGGAAUGGCCAACCGUAGAAAAGCCUUGGGAUUGGGACAUGUGGAUGCGAUCAAAUAAGAUACAGCGUGGCCGUCAAUGUGUAGUACCAGAGGUCAGCAGGACAUAUCAUUUUGGUUCUUCUCGUGCUGUCAAUGUUAACCCAUACUUUCAACGCACAUAUUUCGAUCGCCAUGCAUUUUAUAAUUAUAAUAAUGGCAUUAAGACAAGUUUUGGAUCUAAUAGUGGUGGAACUGGUGGGGAAUAUGAAGAUGGUGGAGGUCUGAUCCAUUUUAAAAAUAUUGACAAGAUGACAGGAGUAGCAUACCUUAAGAUGAUAGAACAUAUGAUCAUGACCGAAGGUCAGAUUGUGGAUCAUAAUAAGUGGCCAUGUCGUAAAAAACAAUGGAAUGAACUUGCUAAAAAUGGAGGUAUCAGAAAUAAUGAUAAUAGUGGAAUGCAAUAUGUUGGAGAUAAAGACUACUAUCAAUCAGAUAGUGAAUUUUUCAUUAUUGAAGAAAUGAUGAAUAAUGACUAUGCAAUGAGAUCUAAAAAACUAUUCCUAUUAUAUAUAAAAAUGGAACAUCCUACUGGUGACAUUAAAGAUGCAGCAUCUGUUGCAUGGACUCCUUUGGCAAAGUGUCUUGGCAUAUGGGAUCUUGAUAUCCGAGGUCAUUAUAAAGGCAUGUGGCGGUUAUAUCUUAAUCAGAAUAAUCAAGAUGAUGGGAGAAAUGCAGAAGAAGAAGGAAUCCCAGGACAUAGUAUAAGUGGUGCAGAAUUAUUCAUCAUUAGUUGUCCAUUUUCACACUUUUGCAAAUUUAAACCAGCCAAUAUCACAGCUAUAUGGUUCAAUACUAAUGGUGGUGGUGAAGAUGAUGAUGGUGGAGACGAUAUGCUAUAAAACUAUUGUUACCUUGGAGAAGAAGACUUAAAUAGGAAGAUAUUUAUUAAUAUAUACAUACUCAACACAUUAGAAAUUAUUUUGUACAUAAAAUAAAUAUAAUUUUUCUUUCAGUAAAGUGAAAGAUACAUUCACAAGAUAUUAUUUAAAAGUACUAUGAAAUCUCUAUUAAAAAAUAAUUAACUUUAAACUCAUUCAAACGAAUCUAAAUUAAUGAGAUUAAUAGUAAAACAUUUUUUUUUCUUAUAAACAUGUUUCAAAAUUUAAUUUGAAAAAUGCACAAUGUAUUUCAACUAGAAUUUAAUAUUAGCUGGUAAACUAAAUGAUUUCUUAU